GCUUAUUCGAUGACUGCUUUCGAGAUGUUUCUCUCGUGACUUGAAGAGAGGUUGUGUUUGUUUGCCAAUACCUUUGCACGAAACAUUGCUUUUUCCCACGCUCAUUCAUUCAGAAAAAAAACUCAGGAAAAUACAAACGCCAUCAUGCAAAGACUCAAGUCAAAGGAGGAUUACGAGGAUUUUCUCAAAAAGACUACAGGGGUAGCAGUGAUAUUCUUUAGCGCGGCUUGGAACGGACCAAGCCGAGGCUUCACACCCAAGCUACAGGAAAUCUCUGAAGAGUUUGACGAUGUUGCUUUUGCUAAUGUAGACGUAGACGAAAACAAUGCGGUAGCUACAAAAGAGGGCGUACAGAUGCUCCCUGCAUUUUGUUAUUACAAAGGAGGAAAAAAGGUCGGAAAAUCAACUGGAGGUGACGUAGCGAAAGUGAGAAAAGGAAUCGUGAACGUCAAAGCCAUGGAAGGCUUAUAAAAAAUAGAAAAGCAAGGGGACUCUUUCACUCUAUCACAUGCUUGUACUGCACUGUAUGCUUUACUUCCAUCUUCUCAGUUAAUGCGCUAUGAGAAAAGUGAGUGUCUAGUGAACAAGAGAGGUGUGCUUUCCGAAUUAAACGAUCGUGAUUCCUAUAAAAGUACGACUGAAAAUACCCCAAAAGUUGCCUUGAAACAAAAAAAAGGAAACAAUGUUGUUAUUGGAUGUACUUGUUGUGAAAUAAAAAUCGAUAUUUUGUAAA